GAAGCGGUAGUGGAGAAGGAGGUGGGAUUGUGCAAGGGGAGGGGCGUGCGGACGUUUUAUUAUGGUCCGAGCAGUCCGAUUACAGUCGUUGCGCAUGUAGGUCGUGGGUUUCUUGGUUUCACCGAAGGUGAUCUACGGCACCUGGACAGAAGUCUGAAUACGACCAGACUACGUGUUGACUACCCUGUGGUGACACACCGCACUUAGACUCUUUCCUUGGUGCUGUUUGGGUAUCGUUGCCGGCCAGUUGGGGCCGUUAUGUCACUCUUACUAUCUUUUCGACGAUUCCACUAACUCUACGCAGUUCCCCGACCUCCGCCCCUUCAUGAAGCAGGUCUUCGUCGGCUCGACCCUGCAGAAACUCCGCCAGGAGUCCAAACCGCAGGAAGACCGCGCCCGCGCCAAAGCAACUGCAAACCGCGUUCUCACCAUCCCCCACCUACGCAGCCUCCUCCCAGAUCGCCAUACGGUAGAAACGCUCCUAAAAACUUACUUCGCCACCUUUGAAACUACAUACCGUGUCCUGCACGCGCCUUCGUUCUGGGCUGCUUACGCGGACUACUGGGACGUCCCGCACGCGCGCGAGCUGGAUACGGAAAUAGAUGCUACCAUCCUAGCCAUCCUCGCGGCUACGCUGUGCACGUCUACUCAUGAGAGCCCGCGGUACAACGCCGAGGGGUCGAGCUUUCGCAGCCAGGCGGUGGUUUGGAUCAGGGCUUGUGAGGCGUGGCUGAGGAGACAGAGUAACAAGCACAGGAGUCUGGCAAGUGUGCAGGUGAGGCUUCUGAGGCUACUGGCGUUGAGCACGACGUGUUUGAAGACAAAAGAGUACUACCAGGAGGUGCAGGGGGUCAUGGCAUUUAUGGUGUCAUCUGGUAUGCACCGGGACCCGGGGAUUCUGGGGAGCAGGUGCUCGGCGUUUGAAGGCGAGAUGAGGCGGAGGCUGUGGGCGACGGCAAUGGAAUUGGAGUUACAGGCGAGUGUGGACAAAGGCACGCCGUCCACGCUUUCAAGCCUCCAGUACGACUGCGCCGCGCCCAGUAACAUCCACGACGCCGACAUCCACCCCGAGAUAACCUCCCUCCCCUCGUCCCUCCCCAACACCACGUUCACAGACACCUCCUACCUGUACCUCUCCGCGGCCUCCCUCCCCCUCCGCGCUGCCCUCUGCGCAUCCCACAACGCCCUCCACACUACGCCCUCUCCCACCGCAACCCUCGCUUCCGAAACCUCUAUCCACGCUGCGCUCACCGCCCUCCCCACCUACACCGACACACGGGCCCUUCUCCCUUCCACCCUCCUCCACCUCCAACUCACACAGUUCACCCUCCUCCUCCACGCCCCCACCAUCCUGCACACGCCCGCCCCCGUCCGCCCUUCCCCCUCCCACACCCACGCCACGACCACCGUCCUCUCCACCGCCGAAACAGUAAUUACCCUGCACUCCGCCCUGACAACCAGCGGCAUCUUCACACUCACCCUCCUCCGCCUCGACUACCUCCGCGCCGCCCUGCUGACCACCCACAUCGCAUACCACACCCCCGCCCACGACACGUUCACCGCCCGCCUCGCGCGCAGCGCGUGCGACGCCAUCGCGUCCCACGCGCUAAAGCUGCUCGAGGAGAGGAGCAUGCGUCCCGGAAGGGGGAGCCAUCACUACUGGUAUCUCAGCGCGGCGGUGGGGUUGGUGGAGAUCAAGUUCUGCAGGGGCGGGGAGGAGGAGAAGAUGAGGCUGGGAAGGGAGGCGGGGGAGAGGGUGAGUCGGUUGCUGUAUCGGGUGCUGGCGCUGCGGGAGGAGGGGGAGGUGUGCCCUGGGGAGAUCAUCAUGGGGAGUGGUGAGGGCGCGGCGAUGGAGACGCCGGCGUCGAUGGGGACGGGGUUUGAGAUUGGCAACGGGGGUGCUGCGGGGUUCCAGGGCGUGGGGAUGGAGGGUUGGGAUGUAGAUGUGUGGGGGCUGGAUGACUUCUGGGUUUUGGGGGAUUGGGACGAGCGCGCGGCGAUGGGAUAUGGGUAGCUUGGCUUCCCGUUGCGGCGCUGCACGCAUGCAAUGGGGGCUCCUGCUGCCAUCUACAUGCUGCAUCACGUACCAUGCGAGUGCCUGCCCGACGACAGGAUGCAAUUGCCCACACACACCGCCCCACCCCCUACACUGCUGAACCACUUCCGAGAAACGCUCUCCCGCCACCCCUUCGGUCGAAGCCGACAGCACAGGCUACUCCAACGCAGAACUCACUUCUCGACCUCAUCGCCACGGCUUCUCGCACGCAUCAAUCGGACAGCCGGUCCCCUCCUCUCAGCGCUACCGGUACUCAGUAGCCGCUGCAUGAUUUGUACAUGUCGACGUCGCAUUCUACAACCGUCAGCCUCGCCCGCUCACCCCCCGCGACUGACCCGCCACGUCAUGAACC